AACAAAACGGCCUGGCGAGAUUUGGGGACCAAUCUGCACCACCUUUUUCGGGUGAUAAAAAAAAAUCGAGCUUGAGGACCUCCCGGUACAGUGUUCAGUCAGCCGCCCCCCCUGCCCGUCCGUCCCGCCUUCGUGUGUAUACCUGUAGCGAGAACCCGCGGCCCUGCGCUGCUUUUCCUGUGUCCGUCGGGUUUGCUGGGGAGCCCUUACCCUGCGAACGGAUCCUUGGGCGCAGACGGAUGUAGGUGUUGUGCAGAGAAAUGCAAAGAUCUGAGUCGGUUGACAAUAGGGCUCACGCUAAAGCUGCUUUAUUUUUAGAUACUCUCCCCUUGCUAGACAAGCGUUAGCAUUCUUACACUCCAUACCCCAUUUUAAUUCUCCUGAAAUAUAUAUAUAUAUUUUAGGCUUCAUGCAUUGUGCUUAUCGAAUGUACAGUGUUGUGCACAAAGCGCGGUGCUAGGGGUUGGUAUACAAAAACGGAAAACGAGGGAGUAAUAAUUCUGCUCUCAAGGUGUUCAUAGCCCGAUUAUAAAGAAUGGGCUUCUGUUUCAAAAGUCACAAAAUCGAGGGCAUUAGCAAAGAGCCUGUCGCGUGAUAGGCAAUCAGUAUGUUCCUGUCCUGUUUCUGAUCUGGCGAUUAGAGAAACAUGGCCUGUAGUUAUGUACAAGGGAGUAGACAAGGAGUGACUGUAUCUGUUUAUUGUCAACCAGUAUGAUCACUCGGGCUCAUGCUCCCUCAGUUUACAUUCCUCUCUCAGAUGCUUUCCUUUGCUUGGAAAAAUUUCAACCCUGGUUAAACCCAACGUAUUGUGUGAUCUGCACACUUGCAGCUGCACAGUGCUGGGGGAAAGUGCCGUGCAGCCCUGAGCACUCACCUCAGGUAGGCCCUCGAUGCCGUCUGGCCAUCACCUUGUGUUUCACUGGUCCAUUCACUUUCCCAGUGUUCUGAACAAUCCAAAAAACACCUCCUCUGUCCUCAAGUUUCCCGUAUAUCCUCUCCCGUUUCACGAAGAAAACAGAGAGCGACCACCAGCUUUGCAAACACACAAACCCAGUACUAAAUUUGCUAUUCAUAUCGUCUUCCCUUCUGUUCCUGUGUCUGAACUGAGGGACUCCCUGUCUAAAGGCAGUGCCUUCACUUGCGCACGGGGUCCCAUCCUCUCCAUUUACUGCAGGACAUGCCCUUCUGCUCCCUGCUGGAUCACGCCCACCAACAAAUCCUGCCAGAAACCUGUAGACAAAUAUAUCGAGUAUGAUCCUGUUAUAAUUUUGAUUAAUGCUAUUUUAUGCAAAGCCCAGGCCUACAGGCAUAUUCUUUUCAAUACUAAAAUAAACAUGCAUGGGAAACUCUGCAUAUUUUGUUUGCUUUGUGAAGCCUACCUGAGGUGGUGGCAGCUGCAAGAUUCAAGCCAGAACACCGAUCCUGACGACUUUAUCAGAUAUGCUAAGGAGUGGGAUUUCUAUAGGAUGUUUGCAAUUGCUUCUCUAGAACAAGCUGCCUUUUUUAUUGGCAUCUUUACUUUCCUGUGGAUAGAACAAUCCAUCACAACGAGAAAGAAACCCAACUUCGUCUUGCUGCUGAAAGCGUUACUGCUCUCCAGCUACGGGAAACUCCUGCUGAUCCCGGCUGUCAUUUGGGAGCAUGAGUACACACCGCUGUGCCUGCGACUCAUUAAAGUGUUUGUCCUCACAUCAAAUUUUCAGGCAAUUAGAGUGACACUAAACAUCAGCCGCAAGCUCUCCUUCCUGGCCGUCGUGUGUGGCCUGCUGACAGAGAGCACCAUGGUCUACUUCUUCAGGACGAUGGAGUGGGACAUUGGCAGUGACUGUGACACCUAUAAGUCUCAAGACUUCUGAGAGGUACAAAAGCACCUCAGUGUUGAUGCACUCAGACAGGCGUCCUUCUCAAACUGGACAGGUGUCAUUGUAAAUAAGUAGGCCCCUUCCAGAACCGCCCCCUGGCCCUGGAUUGCCUCUGGGACAUUAGUACAUGUGUCACAGCAUCCUUCACUUUUGCCAUCCUCAAUGACAUCCACAUCUGUGUUUUUCUUGUGUCGAGAGCCCUGUCCUCACAACUUCUCUCACACCUCCAUCCAACUCACUCCUGCUAGGAUCUCAGACUCUGAAGUCCGUCCCAUUGACAACUUCUUUUAUGCUUUCCCCCCUUUCUCCUUCCACCAUCCCUGCCUUUUGCUGCCAUUUUCACAUCUAGUCCUGUGACCUCUAAUUUCUACUCCUGACUACCUUGCCUCUCUUAACCACACCUGCAACCUCCGUUAUGUUGGCUCAUGUUUCAUAUUUGUUCAUGUCUUAUAUUAAAAGCCCGUGUGUUUGUGCCUGGCUCCCCCAGACUGGUUAAAGUUUGGUGCCAAGAGAGACCAUGGCUGAAGACUCCAUGUCUCCCAUGGCACAGGGCCUGCCCUCAUAGUGUUUGUUGGUUUGAUUUAGCAGAAGGUGCUGCUCCAAACUCUUCCUCUAUUUCCCACAGUUUUAGUCUUCACUAUUUGUGGCCUGACCAGCUCCAUCUGGAAACAAGAAGAAAUAAGUACAACCAAACUCCUCAUUUCUGUUGAGUGAAAUAAAGUAAAGAUUUAAAUAAUUCCUGACUAAGAAAUCGAUGGUUAUGGCAUUUGAAAACCCAACCCUACCACCCCUCAUUGUCUCACCCCCACGUAUAGGAAACAACUAAACCACACACAGACACAGACAUACACAGGAACCUCACACAAACACAGGGCGUUGCUGCAGGGACUGACACGCAGCGAGUGAAGAUUGGUACUUGUAGACUACUCCAGAUAAGCAUUAAAUGAAGAGAGGAACAUGCAUUCGUGAUCCACAUAUAAAAAUAUGUUUCAUUCCUAUGUCAUGCUUACAUCUUUUCAUUUAAUGUUAAGUUACUGGCUUUAAAUAAUAUAUUUAAAAUAAUACUUUGUAUUCUUAUAACAAUAGAAACACUUUUCUCAUAAUAAAGUCAGGAUAAACUGA